AUGGAGCGGUGGCCGCGUCGGGCGCUGCCCUGGCUGCUGGUGGGCGCCUGCUGCGGCCUGGCCGUGCUCGGCUGCUGCCUCUAUUUCGACGCGAAGCGGCGGAGCGCCCCCGACUUCAAACGGAGGCUGAGGGAAAAAAGAAGAAAAGAACAUGAAAAGGCAAAAGAGCGUGAAGCAGAGUUAUGGCAGCUGAAAGAAACAGCUAAGGUACAAGAGUUCUUUCUGCAAGAGAUACAGCUGGGAGAGCUCUGGCUGGCAAGAGGAGAGCACAAGAAGAGCACUGAACACCUCGCAAAUGCCAUUUCAGUGUGUAGACAUCCAAACCAGUUGAUGCAAGUCCUGGAACAGACUCUACCUCCCCAAGUAUUUGAGAUGCUUGUGCACAGCAUUCCAUAUGCAAUGCAACGACUUGAGACAGCCCUGAACAAGCAGGAUGAUAGAGACGAAUGAGAAUGUAACAUCACACAAAAA